CCCCUACACGGCGUGUACUCCGUAAUGUCGCGUAUCUCCUGCAUCGCGCGUGAACCUCUGCGGCCAACCAACUCCACGCGUCGCCGCAAACAGUCCUGGGUCAACAGAACCAGAGAUGACCGAAAGCGAAGGUGGUCGGAUGCAGUUUGAAGAAGAUGACCACAGGGCCGCGUUCGUCUUCAGCAAUCUCAGAGCCGAAGAUGCUGCUGCAAAGCACAGCUCACGCCCGGCAAAGAGGCGCAAGGUAGCCCGGCCGGAUGCCCCGAAGCCGCAGGCUGUCGCGGAAGCAGAGGCGUCUUUUCCGCCCCUCUUCGACGGUGCCGAGAGUCCCGAUGCCGUGCGGCUGCGGAAGGAGCUCUUCGAAACAUCCUGGCCGAUCGUGGAAGAUGGCAUCCAGCAUGUUCUGAGGGAAGCAAAUCGGACCACGCUCGACGAGGUCACGUCCUUUCUGCAACGGGCUGCCGAGGCCAAGACCGGCAAGAUUGCCGCCGGCUUCAUCAUCACGGGGCCAAACAUUGCCUCGCAGGACCUACUGUUCGAGCAGCUGGCUGAGACGCUCAGCGCGGCAACCCAGGCGAGCUUCGUCCGGCUGCGCGCCGCGGACGCGCCGAACCUCAAGGCCGCCUUGAAGAAGAUCAUCCGAGAUGCGACGACUGGAAGGAGCGAAGAUGGGGAUGGCAUGGAUGCCGAGGGGCGGAAAUAUCUCGACUACGACCUCGAAGGCCUGCUUGCCUUUCUUGCCCAGCACCAGCUGCCGCUGCGGGUAAUUGUUUCAUUCCAGGACAGCGAGGCCUUCGAGAGCGGCUUGCUGUCCGAUUUGAUUGCUCUCUUCCAUUCCUGGCGCGACCGCAUCCAGUUCGAUGUUCUCUUUGGCAUCGCCACUUCGGUCGAGCUGUUCGAAGCACGUCUGCUCAAGUCCACUGCCCGCCAGCUGUAUGGCGCCCAGUUCGACGUCGUCCAGGCCGACUCGGUUCUGGAAAGCGUCAUCAAAAGCGCCGUUGCCGGGACGCGGGCCACCCUGCGGAUCGGGCCGUCGCUGCUCCGGAGCCUGGUCGAACGCCAGCAAGGCCAGGCGGCCGGUGUGCAGGCGUUCAUCAGCUCGCUCAAGUACGCCUACAUGUGCCACUUCUAUGCGAACCCGCUCAGUGUGCUGCUUGCGGGCGACGACCGCCUGCAACCGACGCUGCUGCAGCCGGAGCACAUCGAGGCCGUCCGGACUCUCGAUUCUUUCCAAUCCCACGUCGAGGCUGCCGUCGAGGCAAGGCAGCUGAACCACGCGCAAUCGCUGAUCGAAGACGAUCAGUAUCUUGCGACUCAGAUUCUAAGGCAGGCGCAGAAACGGCAGGCGUACCUGCUGCAUCUCCUGCGUUCCCUACACCUGGUGCAAUGCACCGGCCUGAGCACCGCGUCGUUCGUCGAGCUCUACAUAUCAGCCCUGAGCGGCGGCAUCGACAUCGAGCAGGCCUCCGGGACGGUGCCGCUAGAAGAUGCGAUAAAACGGCUUAACCCGGGCGAUUUCUUGUCGCUCGUCGGUCGCCUCUUGAGCGCUGUACGGACGGGCAGCUCAGAGUUGGGCCUGCGCGGGUGGGAGGCCGAGGCCGAGGAGCUUGUCGGCGCUCUUGGAGAGCUCCGAGACGAGGUCGAGGGCCUGGUCGAGCGCUCCAAGAGCAACGGGGCGACGCUCAAGAGCAAAUACAGCGCGCAAAGCAGAAUCCUGCGUACCACGGUGGUGGCGCAGAAGGUCCAGCUCAGCCGAGACACGGCGACAUUAACAGAAGAAGACAAAGCGUACACCAAAGCAGUGGACACCUUGUUGGAACUCGCUUCGCAGGCACUGCAUUGUGACCCAAUCGAAUCGCUCUUUCUUCAUGAGGCCUGGGUCUUCGACUCGAAAGCGCCGUACCGGGACGUCUUUGUUCCCGCGCCGGGCGCCACCUUCGACCGCGCCCUCUCCCGGCCGCAGGACUACCUUGCUUGUGCGUGCUGCAGCAAGGCAAACGGCGGGCUGGCCUCGACCCUGCCCACGACGGCCAUCCUGUACCACCUCUACACUGAGGCCGGCGCCCUCAUCAACGUGGCCGACCUGUGGUCGGCGUACUACGCACUUGUUGGCGAUGAAUCCGACGUGGGGCUCGAUGAGCGGUCCGCGCUCGUCUGCUUCUACCGCGGUCUGGCGGAGCUCAGGAUGAUGGGCUUUGUGAAGCAGAGCAGAAAGAAGGCCGAUCACGUUGCCAAGUUGAAGUGGCUCUGAGCCGGCCAACCGGAUUUGGGAGAACAAAACGUACCGCCGACAAUUCCGUGGUUGGGAAGAAUGCAUUGUUGGCAUUGACGAG